AUGGACGUCAUGAGGUCGCCCUCGCAACCUGCGCCCACCGGCCUAGGUCUUUCCAUGCCUUCUCCACAACGAGACGUCUCGCAACCCGCCACCACCCUCAGCCCUGCACGAAAAGCGGCACGCGAAGCAAAACGGAGGAGAGCUUCACCACCCAAAAUCGGCACCUUGGGAGGAAAGGAGAGUGCAACACCCACGACUCUGAGUGGCACCAAGUGGACUGGAAAGACGCGCUUCGCAAGCUCAGCAACAUCGAAACCACUCCUUCCCGUCACGGAGCGCAAAUCCCAAGAGGAGAAAAACACUUCACGAAGGGCACGUGGCAGGGGCAGCGACGACAAGGUCGACAUUGCUCCAGAUGGUGGUUCGGCUGGCCGUGAUGGACGGCAGUUCACGGUGGCGAACGUCGGAAACAAUGGUCGCAUCUACCUGAGGCCCUCUGUCCGACCAGCACAUCAACGAUACCCCCAGCCUAAUUUUGUUUUCCCCAUGACGCCGCCUGGCACAGCUGGGCUUGACACACUGGCAGGUAAAUCACAAGUCGCCGACGGUGUGGAACCUAUGACAACCACCAACAGUCUGUGGACGCCAUCGCCCUCUACCCCGGGAACCGUGCGGAAGCAGUAUUUCCAGACGCACAGUCGCCGCCCGACCGGCCACCGACGCGCGCUUUCUGACUCGACGAUACGCGAUGACUCUGAUGUCGGUGCAUUCAAAGUGGUGAUAUCUAAACCGGGCGAGCAUCUGAAUCGACCAAAGACAACGGAAGACAUCGACGCCUCUGGAGGCCCACUGCUGGACAUUGACAUACCAACCUGGAAGAUAGGCAACCCGCGGUUUACAAUGAAAGGCACGCCCUUUUUCCGAGGCUCGAGCUAUGCGCCAACAGAAGAGAUGCCGAGGUCCAGUAAUGUCUCUUUUCUGCGCUCCCAGCGCGGUGACGUUGCACCCUAUUCGGGCGAGAGCUCGUCGCUCGGGAAGCCGAACCCGAUCUCGAUCCCUCACAUCCGGUACCCGGCCGUCGACGCGAUGAGAUCGCCUCCAAUCACAUCGGCCCGCCUGCCUGCUCCUUACCGUUCGACAUACCUCUCAACCCACUUAAUCAUCGAACCCGCAAUGUUCGAUGCUCUUACCUUCAGACCAUCAUGCGACGACAGAGCAAUUGUGCGAUACGCUACAGCGACUGGCGCGGUCACUGCCGCAACACCUCCUCGACUCGUUGCCGAGAUCACAUCACCCACGUUCCUCGACUAUGAGCUCAUAUCAGACUUUUUCCUCACCUACCGCGCCUUCCUGGAACCUUCAGAUCUACUCCGAAUGAUCGUGGCUCGCCUUCGAUGGGCGCUCGGCCGCGAUGAUGAGGUUGGCAUGGUUGUCCGGGUUCGCACGUUCGUCGCUAUUCGCCACUGGAUCCUCAACUAUUUCAUGGACGACUUUGUGAUUGACUACGGUCUCCGAGUGUCCUUCUGCAACCUCCUCAACGACUUCGUAGAGGAGCUCUCUCAAGACGCUCGAGCUCGAAAAGUCCAGCUUAAGAUUUUGGCCGAACUGAAAAAGUGCUGGAGGAGAGUGUGCGCGCAGUACUGGGACGGGCCUGAAUUUGAUUCUUCUCUCGACCCCGAUGAGCCCAUAGCGCCGGGAGGAAUUGCUGGCCACCGUAAUGCCUCUCUGGACCCGUCAUUUUGGGAAAACACAGACCUGCCGCCUCGCCUGUCUGGCCUGUUUUCUGCUGUAAAGCAGACCGGCGGAGACGAGAGAAGUUUCUACGCUGACGUUUCCCGAGCGGGCCACGUUGGUGAUUCACACAUCUUGGGACCGCGCCCGAGCACGCCCGAGAACCAGAUCGCCCAAGAGUUUGAGCCGCGGCAGACCUCGCCUAAGAGUAUGGCCAGCUUGGAUGUUGUCUCAUGCUCGUUCCCCGGUAAAAUCGGGCGAGCUGCGCAUCCAGGAUCUAGUAACCCUAUGGCAGUUCAUCCCGUGCCACCAAGUUCCGUUUACACAAACGCGGCUGCUAUCGCCACAACUCCCCGAGCCCUCACCGGCAAGCGCGUUCGACCGAGCGCUAAUCAUCAGAGAAACGGCAGUCUGACCGACUCCCUCAGGGAAAGAUCUCACUCUACCGACAAGCUGGGCUUGAAUCAAGAUACCGAGCACCUUCUCUCUUUUCCUUACGCAGGAAGUCUGGUCCGUGGAAAUUUACUUCCUCCCGGCCAGCCCUUUGUGGAGAUACUGCCCCCCAACAUAUCCAGCGAACAACGUGAAACAACCAUCUUCCAGCAAUCCCCACUGGGCCCCGAGAAGAGCAUGGCGUCAGCCAUGUCAGGACCAGGCAUGAAGAGGUUGAUUGGCAGUGUGCGCAGGGCUCUUAGCACAAGAGGCCAAGGCGUGUCUCCCACGCAAGGAAAUUUCAUCAACAUCUCGCCCAUAGGCCCUCGUGGUGCGACGACGAACCGCCUGCCUGGCACCGCCAUCGUACCACAGGCUCGUCCGCAUCAGAACGGCGUUCGACCGCCCGUCCGAAUUGACCUCCUCGGUGCUGAAAUUGCGGAAGACUUCAAAAAGGCUGUCCGAGAAGAUGCUGCUGCCGAAGCUGAGCAGCGCGCCCUGGCGCUGCGCCUCCCGGCUGACCACCCUUUGCAUAGCGCUAUCCCAGACGAAAUGCUGGAAUAUUCAGCUGCGCAUAUAGAGACACUCCUCGGUAGCCCCUCGAUGGCCAAUCCUAUCAUAGACGACCACUUGCGACCCAUGAGCGACACAGGCAUCACAACCGGCAGCAAAUCCAUCGUUUUCGUCGACGAUACGCUUCCGUUUGGUCUACCCCUUCCGCUUCCCUUACUGCGUGGCCUGAGACCCAGCAUGCAUGACUCUGUGGGCCACUCUGAGAUCGACUUUGUUGAUAACUUGCUCCCGACGAAUGCCGAUCCUACGCCUCCUAAUACGCCGCCAGCAGAUGAAUUGGGAACGCCACGAAGAUCGUCCAGGACUCUUAACCGACAUGCCAUCCGGCCAUCGCUCUCGUCUGACAAUCUGCCUCCAUUCGUUCCUGACCUUGCCACACUGGGUCGUGGAGAGCACGGUACUCAACCAUCCGUGGACACCGGCCGGCCCUCCAGCGACAUGCCGAGACCCUCCUCAGAAUCCAACAGACCUUGGACCGGCGUCACCGGCAUCCCUGGCCACGCCAGACCACCACUCUCUGGCUCUGCGCACUGGCGACAAAUGUCUAGCAAGACGAAUCAGUCCUUGAAUUCUAUCCUCCAUCAAGGAAACACGUCCUUUCGGAGUGACUACCUACCCCCGUCGACUGUUCGGAGUUUUGAUGCAACGACUUAUUCUGAAGAACGCUCCAUCGCAGACGAUGAUGUGGAAGCUCUCCCGCAACCUCUCCGCGUACUGCGACGUAGGCGUGGGGGUGAUUUGCGAGCUGCCACCAACACGGGACAACUGGAUACUUUGCCGCUACACAGGACGCGGUCCGUUGGCUCGCUAACAACCUACUCUGAGUCAAUCCGCAGCUCGUACUUGCGAAGCCCUGAGCAGGAUUCUAGUGCCUUUGUCGAUGUUGCUUCUAGCCAGUUCUCAUCAGAGCAUGUCAAUACUUUCUCGCUCGGUGUCAUGGCGGAGCAACCACCUAAGCGCGACCUUUCUCUGUUCAGCACUCAUUCGUCCAAGCCAGUCAUGCGCCCGUCCUUUGAGGCAGAAGCUCAAAAGCUCGCACAAAUUCCUGAUGACGCUAAUGAUGACGGUGGUGUUGAGUCUGCGUUAGCCAAACUCGAGGGCAAAUACGAGAAAAAGCAGUUCAAGUUGUCGAUGGAGCCCACCAACACACCCAAGACGAUUACCGCUCAUCUCGAAGGGGCGUUUGGCGGUUCAGACAUGAUCGAGAAGCAGGGACCCCGGCAUUUGCAUCUUGGUAAUGGGGUAGGCUCUACUACUGCUCCUCACUACGUUGAUGACUUGUCUUCUCAAAGCGGCCCGAUCACCCUCCACGUCCCACGGAGGCGAGCGCAUACCGAUGCAAAGUCAUUCCUCUCGGAUAAGUCAGGAGCUUCGUAUUCGUCGAUUCCAUUGCUUGAGCGCGGGCUCACAGAUGAUGGGAGGAGCAAGACUGGCACGGAGGAGUGGAGGGGAAGAUCCAUACUUGUUGACCGCGGCGAGGCAUCUCCUGCCACGACGCCUCGGCCAUCGCCGCUCUGUGACUCUCAGCACCCGUCAUACGAGUUUGUUGAAAAGACCCGCAGUAUGGAUGGAGUCCAGCCCGAGAACACAAGGCACAGUCCAAGCGAAGACCAAUCUUACCUGGACUUGGAAAGUGAAGACGACGGAACCGAUCUCUCCUCAGAAAUGUCGCUAGAAGUCAUCAACUCGGACGACUUUGACGGAGAGGGCAGCUUCCCUCCGAUAGACCGCAGCACGUCCGUCAUCAAGCGAAUGCCAACCCAUCCUUUGGCUGACUCAAGUUCGGAACGAGAGAGUCAGCCUCCGUCGCCGCCCAUGACCUUGGCUCAGGCUCUCCGAAUGUCUCCAGAGACCGCCACAGUCCCUCAGCUUCACGAGCACCAGUUGUGGUCCUCUAAGCCUUUACCACUGCCGCCUACGCCCGAUACAACGCCCACUGCGGCUCACUAUCCGAAAGAUGCUCGGAACGCCUCAGAUGACGUGGCACCUCAUGUCGAUGCCAGUGUCGCAAGCGACAGAUUCUCUAGGAAGUUUUCGAUUCAUCUACCUUUCAUCCUGGCUUUUGACUCGGAAAUCCUCGCACAACAGUUCACACUGAUCGAAAAGGACGCACUCAACGAGAUCGACUGGAAAGAACUCAUCGAGAUGGGCUGGAAAAAUGCAACUAAUAACGACUCGCGCUCAUGGGUUGACUUCUUGCGUAACACCGAUGCCCACGGCGUCGAGGUCGUCAUUGCAAGAUUUAACAUCAUGGUCAAGUGGGCCUGCAGCGAGAUUGUUCUCACCCAGAACAUUGAGGAGCGAGCUCGGUGCAUCAUCAAGUUCAUUCACCUGGCAGCCCACUGCCACCGCUUCCGCAACUUUGCGACCAUGAGUCAAAUUGCCAUUGCCCUGACAAGUCAGGAGGUUGCCAGGCUUUCCAAGACGUGGGCCAUGGUGCCACGUCGGGAUAUGCAGACGCUUCAGGAACUGGAAUUACUAGUCUCCCCAACCCGCAACUUUCACAAUCUACGGGCUGAGAUGGAAGGCGGAUCCGACUCGGGAUGUAUUCCUUUCGUCGGCAUAUAUACACACGACCUCCUUUUCAACGCACAGCGUCCGUCCGAAAUCGCCAGUUCACCUACUACAGCUCCUCUAGUCAAUUUUGAGCGAUGCCGGUAUGCAGCCACCAUCGUCAAGACUCUCCUCAGGCUACUCGAGGCCAGCACUCUCUAUCAAUUCCAACCUGUCGAGGGCAUCACCGAGCGAUGUCUUUGGAUGGGCGCAUUGACUGAUGAGGAGAUCCGAAGACAUUCUGAGAGCUUAGAAUAA